CGAUAAUGGCUGGUAUAAACGACUCCUCGCCUCCCGGAGAGAUACUGCUGGUGCCGCCCUGACUGGCUUCACAACCCUCACAAAACAAUCACCGAACACCCGACGACACUCACCUCCUCACGCAUCAUUCCUGAUAGUUAAGAUACGUUAAAACAAGAUGAAGGACAUGAUGUGGCGUACACUUCUUUUAGUAUCUGUGGUGGUAUGCACAUGUCAUGGUCAUGGCCGCCUUAUAGUACCCCCUUCGAGGGCUUCAGCCUGGCGCAUGGGCUGGCCAACGCCUAUCGAUUACAACGAUAAUCAAGGAUUCUGCGGAGGAUUCAGUCAUCAAUAUGAGAUUAACGGCGGCAAGUGUGGCGUUUGUGGUGAUGCAUGGGAGGAUAAUCCUCGUCCCCACGAAGCUCCUGAUGGUCUCUACGCCACCGGCACCAUCACUCAACAGUACGCCCAAGGCCAGGUCAUCACGCUCACUGCAGACAUCACUAGUAACCAUCGCGGUCACUUCGAGGUGCGCGUAUGUCCUGAUCCCAAGGUGGAGGCUACAGAGGAAUGCCUUCAAGAACACCCACUGAUGCUUGCCGAUGGUUCAGGUUUCAAAUACAAUAUUUCUCUCCAUACUGGAAAGCACAGUGUACAGCUGGUACUGCCCCCAACUCUUGUCUGCAAACACUGUGUACUUCAGUGGAGAUAUGUAGCUGGCAACAAUUGGGGCUACUGUGAAGAUGGCACUGGUGCCUUGGGCUGCGGUCCUCAGGAAGAGUUUCGUGCAUGUGCAGAUGUUGCCAUUCUUCCUCCCUACUCAAGGAGGCGCUUUAUGGUCCAACAUGAUAGCAGUUCAGUGACUGCCCACCCAAUGAAUCACACAGUUAACGACUUAACACUGCUUCACAAGAAAGAAGCAAAACAACAGGAAGUCUGCAGAGCUGUGGGAAGCUGGAAACUGGUACCUGGCGCAGACAUGUGGUGUUCCAAAAACUGCAUUCAUGUUGGCCGGUGUCCCCUCUCACAGUGUGAAUGUAAUAUGUAAUGUCUAGCCCUAAGAGAGACAUUUUCCUUUCAAUCAUUGUCUCCACUAUUACAGGACUUUCAGGUGAUGCAUCCUAGCAAAAAGUGAAUCACUUGAUUAUAUUGUAGAGGCCUUGGUCAUACUACAUAUACACAGUUGAAUGUAUGUUCCUCCAUCUAAAUUUACAUCAGGAUGAUACCUUGAGUGUUAGUCCUCUUAUAAUUUGAAUAAAAUGUUAUUUUUCCAA